AUGAACCUUCGUGUCAUGGGUCCUUUCCAAAUUCUAAAAAGAGUCGGGUCUGUUGCUUACCAAUUGGCUCUUCCGCCACAAUUGUCUAAUCUUCACGGCGUAUUUCAUGUUUCUCAACUGCGAACAUAUGUGUCGAAUAAUUCACAUGUAAUAGCUCUUGAAUCAGUUCAAUUGAAAGAUAAUUUAAUCUUUAAGCCUAAACCUAUUCGAAUUAUUGACAAGAGUACCAAGACUCUAAGGAAUAAGGUGAUCCCGUUAGUAAAGGUGGUAUGGGAAGGGUUAACCUCAAAAGAAGCUACCUGGGAACUUGAGGAAGAAGUCCUACGUCAAUAUCCAAAACUUGUGGAUGUCGGUACAUAA